AUGGGUAAAACUCGUAUGACACAACAAGCUAUCCAAAACCCAGCCUUUGGUAACGACACGUUUGACCAUAUUUCUAGGAACAAAACGCGGAAGUCGACCGGACAAUUGGAGCGAGAACAACAAACCCUAUGGAAGAAGCUCAAGCUUCUCAUUCUAUUCAAUCCUCUAACGCAAUGGAUUGAUAGGACUCACUUGAUGCGAUUGUACAUGCACGAAGAAUCGGUUGCAGAGGGUUUGUACCGAGCAUACGACCUUUUCUUUGAAGUUCAGGUGUUGAUUCAACCCACAGGGCGACGAGAAAGAACGACGGCUUCCCGGAAGCGCAUCAAGGGUUUUGUUGACUCGUAUGGAAUUAAUAUGCGAGACUUCAAACCGGCAGAUGUCAAUUGCUAUCCUACUUUCGAGGAUUUCUUCACUCGGGCACAUCGUCCAGGGUCACGGCCCAUUUACGAAGCAGACGAUCCGUCCCGUGCCGUCGUGGUGGCGGACUCACGAGUUGUCGUCUUUGACUCAAUCAGCGAGGCAAAAGCGCUCUGGAUUAAAGGCAAGAACUUUAGUCUCAAUAAUCUAGUCAUGAAUAAUGAGAUAGGCGACAAGUUCAAGCAUGCUGCCAUUGCCAGCUUUCGCCUGUCGCCGCAAGAUUACCACCGAUACCACUCACCUGUAGAGGGUACAAUCCGAAGCUUUCAGAGCUUACCGGGAGAUUACUACCAGGUUGACCCUGUGGCCCUUAGAAGUAAUGUGGAUAUUUUGACACGCAACCGACGAGAUUUCGUGGUUAUCAAGACAAAAGAGUUUGGAGACGUUUUAUUUGUGGCAAUUGGUGCCACAGAUGUUGGGAGCGUAGAGAUUCACAAAAAAUACCAUAAUAUCGGGGAGACUAUAAAAAAGGGAGAUGAGCUAGGCGUAUUCCAGUUUGGGGGCUCAUCUAUUAUCGUUGCCUUUCAGUAUGGGCGUAUCAAUUUCGAUGACGACCUGUUGGGACUGAGCGAACAGGAGAUCCAAACUUCUGUGGAGGUUGGCAUGAGCCUAGGGUCUUCUAAAGAAAAGCUUUAG